AUGGCCAAUUCCCCGUCGCACAGGUCUAGCCGGAGCCCAGCCUCGUCCACCUCUGCCGGCCGAGACUCCACGUCCCUUUCACAUUCCAGAGACCGCCGUGAUGCACCCUCCACAUCAGCCUCCGCCGCUGCCGACCAUGUGCCGGUUGAGACAUUGGUGGAACUCUUGCUCGCCGCCAAACGCUCGCUCUCGUCAAUGACGGCCGUCUUGCGAGCAAACGAAAUCGCGACCGAUGCACGCCAGGCCCAUGAGGAGGCUGUUGUAUUACAUGCCGAGACCCAGUUCCUGCGACGAGCCAUCUCCGAGCAGCUGGCGCUCUUGAUGAAGGUCCGUCGUGGUCUCAAGAGAACCUACGAUGCUGGCAAGCGCGACUUCAAGCACCUGGUCAAGACCAUGGAUGCAACCAACGAGAAGCUUCAGGAGACCAUGGCCAUGCUCAAGAACACAACUGUGGAAGCUGUGUUCCGGCCGCCAGGCGAAGAGCGCCGCAAUCUGAUGGAUUUCGUGGACGAAAAGAGCGUCCACGUCAUGGUCGAGGCUCUGAAGCAGAGCCUCGGCGAGCUCCAGGCCAUCCAGACAUCCUUUGACGGCGAUCUGCUUCGCUUCGACGACGACCUGCGAGCGCUCAAGAAAACGAUGACGGCAACACCCCUACCCCGAACGCCCUCCGACUCGUCGCAAUACGAUCCGAUACCCGAGCUGCUCGGUUCUCUCGUAGACAACUCACACUCCAUGGCCCAGCUCUUGACGUCCUUGACAAAGCACUUUGACCUCUGCGUCACAGCAGUGCGGACGACGGAGGGCGGCGCGGCUCUUGCUCGUCGUAGGGCGGCAGAGGUGACGCAGUCACAAGGCGGCGAUGGCGUCUCGUUAUCCGGCGUCAUCGCCGAUCAGGAGUCGCACAUGCCCGACCUCGAACCGAUAACGACGCAAGAUCGGGCGGACAUGCUAGACAUUGUGGUCAGUGAUGCAUCAGAGGUCGAGGGCGUCAUCCAGGAGAUCAGCGAGAGGCUGCAGGCCAUGGAAGAGGACUUUUCGGCGAUGACUGGACAGACAGGACAGAUCAAGGUGGCGUUCCUCGACACCUUGCAAGGGUUCGCCGCGCUGGAAGAGAUGGGCGGUCGCAUGGCCAGUUACAUUGCGAGCGAGGCCGAGUUUCUCCAGCGAUGGGAGGAUGAGAGGUACACUAUCUACACCAAGCUCGGCGAGAUGGACGACCUCAGAGACUUUUAUGAAAAGUACGCGGGCGCGUAUGACAACUUGAUCCUUGAGGUUGAGCGGCGCCGCAUGGUGGAGGACAAGAUUACAAACAUUUGGAAGAAGGCGAUGGACAGCGUUGAUAAGCUCGUCGAGAACGAUCGGCGGGAGCGCGAAGGAUUUCGCCAGGACAUUGGCGAAUUCAUCCCAACGGAUCUGUGGCCGGGCAUGGAUGGCGGGAUGAAGAGGUGGGAACUCGUCGCGGUUGACGACGGCACCGCCGAGGAUAACGUGUCAGGCGGGCAGAGAAGCACCCCGGCACUGGACCGGAGCGUCGUGGACGCGGCCCGGGAUCGACUGGAGCGGAGCCAGCAGCGGUAG